UGUCGUUACUAACACGACCAAGAGAAGAGCUCCCAAAUUUUUUGUAAUCUAAAAAUAAAAAUAAAUAGCAAAAGAAAUGCAGAAGGGCUUCACUCUCGUGCAGACGGUGGGCACCGCCGGCAUCUUCUCCGCCGUAUCCUUCUGGUACGGGUUCAUGUUCGGCAGAGAGUCAGCGCGCAAGGAGCUCGAAGAGCUAAUUGAGAAACUCCGCCGUUCUUCAUCUCCUCCAGAUCAGUCCUAGACGAUUCAGUACUAGCAUCAAGUUUACUGAGAGAAAUGUUCUUGCUUUGUGUUGAAGGUGAGUUAAAGUUUUCUGCUGAAGGAACUUGAGAUUUGGCCUAAAUCUUCAGUAUAAUAUAUAUUUGAAGCAUGCAUUCAUGUAUUGGCUACUUACUAUUGGCUAGAAUUGUUUACUUUCUAUAAUACCAAAAUUUUGAAUUUUGUAGACUUGGUAGAGAUUAAGUUUAAAUGCUGAUGGAUGUCAUGAUACUGAUGGUACUUGCUUGUGAUUCCUCAUUUUAGGAGAAGAAUUUAUAUGAAGUUUCUGUUUUAUGGAAUUACAUUGAAGUAUUACUCACAUUCUUUCUGGAUGAUUUGUCUGUUGUUUUCAUCUGUUACAAGAAGUGUUUUAUCUUUGCUUAGAUUCUGCUUCUAACCUGAAGAGUAGAUAUGAUGAUGAUCAGGCUCAUCUUCAGAAAAUCCUAACUCUUACUCAUAUUUCAAUUAUGUGAUAUGGGUUUUCUUAGACCAUUUUGUAGCUGUUGCAACUCCAACCCUUGCUUUACCGUUUAUAUCAUAAUUCAUAUAUAAUUGAGAAAGAAAACAAUAACCUGAAAAGCAGAGCAGAGUUCAUACUAAGUUAGUAAACUUUUAUGGACCAAAACAUUGCAGGAAACUGAAGUAUGUCCCUUUUUGUUUUCAAGGGAAUCAAAAAGAUUUUAAAGUUUUGUACAGGAAACGAAUAUAUAUUGUUUACUGGACCAAGAUAGUUAAUUAAUACUUGCUGUGCUUCUGUUUUCACUCUGUGCAUACGCCAGAUUUGUUGCCUCAGCUUCUAGCUUCCUUGCCAUUGUUCCGAAUCUCUUCAUGUCCACCUAACUUUUAAAACAGCAAUACUCUGUUCUUUGGAGUCUUGGACUUGGGCAAGACAAGGUUAAUCAGUACAUUGCCAUGUAUGUAUGUGUAUAUGUACGCCCUUGACUUUCCAAUGUGCUUUAUAUUUUACAUUCUUGGAGUACAAUGUCACAAAGAUAUGCUUCCAUAUCAUCAUACAAGGGCAGCUUCCCUUGUCUUCUGCAAAUUAUUUUGUUUGAUAAAUCCAACAUAAAGGUCUGUUCCAAUCCUGUCACUUUCAUGAAGUCUCUUGUUUUGGCCAUCUUCUGACAUGUUUCUUAUAAACUCAACCAAAUUUCUCCAAUUAUCUGCUUCAAACAGCUGCUUAUUCAUUCUUAAGUAAGUAAAUGCACUGAGACCUUCUGCUAGAUCUAACCUGCUUGUUGUCAAAAUUUGGGAAAAUGCUCCUCCAUCAUACCGCUGUAGUGCAUUUUCUCCAGCUAGUUCUGUUCUAGCACUUUUAGUUGCCAUCUUUACUUGCCUAACUAGACCUUCUGGUGAGCAAUUGGCUUUGCCUGGCUGUUCUCCAUCUCUCAUCUCCAUGCAUGUAAAGUUGAAUACCACACCAAGUUUUCCUAGCAUUCUUGCUAUUGGCAGGUAACCAUCUUGAUACUUUGUGUUGUAGUACCCUGCUGUUAGUUCUGCUGCAUGUGAUCUUGUUUUGUAAUGCCAAUGAAUCCCAGCUACUUUCCCAGACAGUUUGGCUCCAGUUCCUUGAAAUAUACCUUUUGCUGUUGUGAGAAUCUUUUCUCCAUGUUCGAGUAGCUUCCCAGAAUACCACUCUAAGAAGAAUUUUCCGUACUCGCUAUCCCAUCUAC